AUUGAAAGCAGCAGCAGCAGCUCCUCCCUCUCUGCAGGUGCGCUUUACACCUGAACACUUUGUCUGACUGGUUUCCUUCGGCGCACAGUGUUGCAUAAAGGAUGGUGCGCCUCGCAGUUUUCCUCCUCCUGAUGUGGACGGGACCCCGGCUGGUAGGAGCCUUAGUCUGUCAGAGCUUCAUACAAACCGUGGACAUCAGUGAACCAGGUUUUCAGCUAUAAAAGCCCUCCGCUGUAACUCCUUAAUGCAGACGAGACGCACACAAUCCUGGUGUUUAUCUCAGGAUCAGGGCUUCCAGCUCUUCCUGCUUCCUGAUGGUCUGGAUCAGGAAGGAGCAUCUGCUGCAGAGGGACCCGUCCUUCAGAGAUGUUACAGGAAUGUCUUCAGUGACUCAUCAUCUUCGCCUCAGCUGAUCGACUGUCAACUCCUCUCUCUGCUGAGGAUAAAUUCAGCGACGGCAGCAGAGACGAUCAGACAGAGCAGCACCCAGCGAGCCGAGAGGCCAGCAGACAGACCCGUCAGAGAUCACCUGGAACAGCCUUCAUCAUCCUCAUCCUCCUGUAGAGGCUCCGUGUCAGCUGACUGGCCUCCGCCAACAUGCUCCGCCUCCUCUUCUACCUGUUUGCUGUGGUGGCGCUGGCAGGUGCUGCUCCACAGUAUGUUACCGUUUCCUCAGAGUUCGACAUCAGCUCAUGUCCCGUCACGUAUUUUGGACAGAAGUACGAACGUCUCUAUAUGAGUUUCACAAGUGAAAACUUUGUGAUCUGUUUCAACGGAUUCUACGACCCUCAGAGCAAAGGCAGCUGUUUGCUGGGACCAAAGGAGGAGGGCGCAGGGUUUGACAUUUUUGGGAAGGAUUCUGAAGUAGAACAACUGAUCCAUCAGAAUCUGCCAACCAUUACCAACAGCAUGGAAUGCUUUGUUAGCAUAUACACUUCUAAGAAUGGAUAUGGUGUAUUCAGCUUUGGAUCAGAAACUGCUCUAGGUGCGAGUCCAAACCCGAAUGAAUUGCAGGUUGAGGUUCUGCUGGAUGGUGUCAAAGUCACAUCACUCACUCUUAAAUACAACACUCGUACAUAUGCAGACCUGACUGGCUGCAGACACUCAGGUGUCGUUUAUAAACCAGGCGACACGGUGAGCUCUGAUCCUGAAACCUGUGUCACUCUCACCUGUUCUGAUGUCGCCGUCCUGCAGACAUCCAGCUGUGGGCCUCUGGAGCGUUGUCAAGGCAACGGCGUCUGCUCCUCUUUCUCCCCAUUGGGCUCCAGCUGCACUGUGACGGGUCCCGCUGUCAUCGGCUUCCAGGGCCAGCAGAGCUCUGUGAAGGAUCGCUGUUCCUACUCCCUGCUGAGGAUCCCAUCGGUCCCAGGAUUCCAGGUUCUGGCUCGCUUCCAGGAGCGGCGGCGUAGAGACGUGAGCUUCCUGGACAGCGUGACGCUGCGCCUGGACGGGCCGGGCGGUGACAUUCACCUGAAACAAGGAGGCAGGGUUCUGCUGGACGACUCGCCGCUGACCCUCAACAGCUCGGUUCAGACGGUUGGCGGUGUGAAGCUCUCUAAGGACCAAACUGGAGUCACCGCCAAGGUGUCGCUGUCCAACUUCACCGCUUCUGUCUUCUUUGACGGCUCCUCUGCACUGAUCCACCUGGAAGGACCUGCUGGACAUUCUCUGCAGGGUCUGUGUGGAAGCUCCAGCAGCUCUGUGAGUGAGGAGAGGCUCUCUGAGGACAGCUCCUCCAGCUGUGAGAUGCAGUACUCCGAUAGUAACGACAGCACCAUCGACUACACCAAGAUGACUGAACGCUGUAACCUCCUGAAGGAGGCGCCCUUCUCCUCCUGUCGCAUCGACCCAGAGCCCUUCAUCACCGCCUGCACACACACUUUGUGCAGCUAUCCUGAUCUGGACGGCCUCAGGUGUCAGUUCCUGGAGGCCUACGCCAGAGCCUGCAGCCUGGAGAGCAACGGCACACUGGAGGACUGGAGGUCCAAGGCUGAGUGCUCGCCCCCUGGGGCCUUCUGCCAGGACAGGACCUGCAGCGAUCAUGAGUUCUGUGGAGAGAAGAGUGCUGGUGGAGAAAGUCGCUGCUUCUGUCGGGCCAUUUUUGCCUCCAAGUACAGAGAGAUCAAGUCUUUCGGUGAUCCAGCCAUCUGCAGCCAGAACUCUGCUUCUCUCACUCUGGUGGGUUGUCUCCUGGAGGACGAAGGUCUCGACUACUCUGCCUUGCAGCUCAAAGAGCCGACCUGCAAAGGUCAGAUAGAUGAGCGGACCCACAUGGUGACUUUCAGCUUCAACAGCACCAACCUCUGUGGGACAGAGGUCACGACCAACAACAGCCAAACCAUCUACAGGAACACCAUCAUGUCACAGAACCUCUCUUCUGACGGCAUUACUCGCCAAGACCAGGUCUACAUCGACUUUUCCUGCAUUGAGACCCCGCCAGACACAGAGACGGUGGCUUUCAGAAUCAAAGACAGCGCUGUGGUUCAUGUCAUCUCAUCCGGACCUUGGAAUUACUCUCUGACCAUGAAGACCUUCACGGACGCCGGCCGGACACAAGCUGUGGAUUUGAACACCGAGGUACGGCUGAACCAGAAGAUCUGGGUGGAGCUGGACACGGACGGCCUGGAUGAAGACCUGGUUGCAGUGGUAACCGACUCGUGUUGGGCGACAGACCGAGUGUCCCCCACUGCUGGACGUAGAUAUUACCUGAUCAAGAACGGCUGUCCAAACUCUGAGGACCAGACGGUGAAGGUGGAGGGAAACGGAGAGGGAACCUCCAACUUCUUCUCCUUCAACAUGUUCCAGUUCUCUGGGAGCUCUGCUGAAGUCUACCUGCACUGUAAACUGCAGCUGUGUGUCAAACAGGGGAAUGUCUGCAUCCCGACGUGUGACGGAGCUCGGAGACACAGAUCAGUCAGGUCCAGACCUGGAGCUUCUGCCUUCAUCAGCAUGGCCUGGACCACCUAGGUUAUUUUGACCUGGACAGACUGACGGGCUGCAGACGUUUGAUUGGUUCUGAUCCAGAGCCUGGAUGUGUGGAGGUUGACUCAAACAGCCGCAGCGAGCUUCUGUUGGAGAGGAAGAGAGGACAGACCUGUCAUCUUUGUCAUGAGUCCACAGCUGAUGUUUUCAUCUCUUAUGAAUGACUGGGUGUUUUAGGGCUACAGGUGAUAAUUAAAGGGAAAUUAAAGGGCUUUCAGAU